CAAUGAUGGGGGAUGUUUUCCAGCCCAGAGUUCUGCUGCACCGAUUAGAUGUUAAGGAGAAGGUGAUCGUUAAAGAAGAAGCUUCUUUAGACCACAAACCUCGUGCCGACCUGCAUGACCCAGACCAAAUUAAAGGCAGAGAGCUUCCAGAAGAAAAUGAUGGAAGACAAUCCAUCAAGAUACAAGAUCAUGGAGAUGCUUCCAUUUCUUCAGAGGCUGAAGACACUGAGGAGGAUGAAGAAGACAGUGAUGUAGGGCACCCUCUCUCUGAGCUGAAACGCUUAUCAGACUCAGGAUAUAAGAAAUGUUCUACAGAGAAGAAUAAAUGUAGGAAAGGCCACCCAGGAGUUGCGCUUAGCUGCAAAGACUGUGGCAAAACAUUUAUGGCAAAAUCAGCUUUAAUCACACACAUGAGAAUCCACACAGGAGAGAAGCCUUUCUGUUGUGAUCUAUGUGGACAAAGCUUUAGUCGAAAAGGAACUUUAAACAGACACAUGGGAAUCCAUACAGGACAGAAGCCUUUUUGUUGUGAUCUAUGUGGACAAAGCUUUAGUCUCAAACCUGUUUUAAACACACACAUGAGAAUCCAUACAGGAGAGAAGCCUUUUUGUUGUGAUCUAUGUGGACAAAGCUUUAGUCAAAAACCAAAUUUAAACAGACACAUGGGAAUCCAUACAGGACAGAAGCCUUUCUGUUGUGAUCUAUGUGGAAAAAGAUUUAGACACAAAUCUAGUUUAAACAAACACAUGAGAAUCCAUACAGGACAGAAGGCUUACUGCUGUGAUCUAUGUGGACAAAGCUUUAGUCGAAAAGGAACUUUAAACAUACACAUGAAAAUCCAUACAGGACAGAAGCCUUUCUGUUGUGAUCUAUGUGGACAAAGCUUUAGU